GAAAGAAUAGCGAUAGAGGUGUUGAUACAGGUGAUUUCAGUUACACGAACUGGAUGUGUAAAAUUCGAGUGGAUACACUCGAAAUUGCUAUCCCAGUUUAUUUUCAAAGUAGAAAUGUACAUCCUCAAGAUGUGGUGAAAGAAAUGUGUUGUGGAUACAGUUAGCAAGACUUUGCAGCAACAAUGAUCUCUCAGAAUAUCACCUUCUUGGCCUUCCUGUACUUUGUCCAGGGACUUCCUUAUGGAUUACAGACAUGGUUCCUUCCUGUCUAUUUCCGAAGUCGAGGAAUGUCUCUAUCAAAUGUUGGAUUCUUCAAACUUUUGUUGACACCAUGGAUGUGCAAAGCAUUAUGGGCACCGUUUGUUGAUCGCUCCGCCACCAAGAAGUCUUGGCUACUCUGGAGCAUGGUUGGACUGACCAUAACUUGUGUGAGUGGUUCCUUCUCAGGCCCAGACUUCCUGUCUCAACUGGUGGCCAUUUUGUUUUUAUUCAAUCUCCUCGCUUCCACUCAGGAUAUUGCUGUUGACGGCCUUGCUAUCCAGAUCUUGUCAUCAUCAGAGCUUGCCCAUGGUAAUAUAGCCCAGGUAGUGGGUUACAAGAUAGGUGCUGUAGUUGGAGGAGGCCUACUCACAUGGUUGAGUGACUACUUGAACUGGAUGAUGCUCUUCCAGUGUCUUGCUGCUGUUUAUGUUUUUGCAGUGUUUGCAGCAUGGAAGUUUAUUCCAUCAAAUCCACAUCAUUCCCAUGAAGUUAACCAAACCGUUGAUAGUGCCAUCUCUGGAGAAAUGUCUCAUGAAACGAACACAUGUGAUAUUGAUAAUGAACAUUCAAUGCAACAAAGAUCUGUAAAGGUUGAGAAGAAUGAAGGGAAAAGUGUAUUCUUAUUGAUUAUCGAUCAUUUCAAACUUAUGAUGAUGCCAGAAGGAACAGUAUGGAUAGCAGUCUAUGUCCUUAUGUACAAGUUGGGUGAGAAGGGGUCGCUAAGUAUGAUUCCCCUCUUCUUGCUGGACCAGGGCCUGGCGACCUCCGUGGUGGGACUCUGGACAGGCAUGAUGGGGCAGGUCGUAUCCAUCUCGGGUUCAAUACUGGGUGGGGUCAUCAUGUCCAGAUAUGGCCAGUCUACCCUUGGCCUCCUGAAGACUCUGAGUAUAAUCCGGACCAUCGUCCUCAUUGUCCUUUGUGUCCUCAUCUAUGUGUGGUCCUCGACAUACCAGGCUGUCUUUGCUGCUGCGGUCAUAGCUCUGAUGCUGAUCAUGCUCCUCAUCAGCGGCUACAUCACCACGGCAACCUUCACACUGAUGAUGGAGUGUUCCCAAAGGGCACCAGUAUCUGUGCAGGCAAGCCACUACACCAGCCUGGCAACCCUGGAGGUGCUUGGCAAGCUGACUUUCUCCGUAAUCACAGGGUGGAUCACUGAUAUGACCAGCUACUCAAGUGUGUUUGUCCUGUUCACAUGUCUUUCUGCUGCAAUCAUUCCUGUCUUCAGCUAUGCACCCAGCAUCCUUGUACAGAGCACUUCUCAUAGGAGGAAUAAAAGUCGAUGAUACUGAAAA